AUGCCGGUCAUUCCAGCCGCGCUGCGAGAAUACAGCACAGAUCCGGAUGAGGGAGAGGCCUCACCGUCAACAGCCAGAGAUCUGAAGGCAUUGGCCGCAGAUCCGGCAAGCCGAAGGGUUGCAUUUCCCCAGAACAAGGGUGUGGCUAAUUUGCCUUUGCUGCCACCAGCACCGCCAGAGGCGGAUGAUCGCAGCAGCAAUCGGUCUCAAGCCUUGGAGCUGCAAGACAGCACCCCAGAUAGCAGCAGAAGAGGAGCAAGCAAGAACCUCGACAUCCGGCGCCGCACCACAAGCAAGGGGAAAGUUCAAGUCGCCGUGCCGGAGGACAUUCCGCGCUUGCAACUAGAGCCUGGAGAGGACCGCGACAUUGCCGGCCUGCCAGGAGUCAAAGAAUCGCAUGUUAGGGAGGCCUUCCAGCAAAUGGAUUUCGACAGGAAUGGAUUCGUCGGAGUCAGUGAGCUUCGAUAUAUGCUGACAGUCAUUGGAGAGGAACCAACUGACCAGGAGUUGGAUGAAAUGCUGGCGAUGCUCGGGGGCGAAGGAGAUGGUCAAGUUGCAUACGAGGACUUUCGAACUUUGUUUGCACCCACGAGUGCUGUGAUGGAGGAACUGAUGUCGAUGGCUCCACAAGAAGAAGAGGAAGAAGGCGCAGAUGGUAUAGCACCCAUAGAAGAUGAUGAGCCAGAUGAGAUUCCGAGGUUGGAAGCACCAGCGCAACAGUUGGGUCUGCUGGUCAAGGGAGCGGCGAGCUUCAUGCAGGCCAGGAUCAAGAAGGAGGAUGCGGGCAAGAAGAAGGCGUCCCGGGCCCGGCCUAAGGCGAAAGCUCCUGGGUCGAACCGGGCACGGCCGAUCUUGGGGCCCCCGAGGCACCUGAUGCAGACGGGGCCUGCGGGGAUGCAGGGUAUGGGCAUGGGCCAUGUGGGCAUGGGCAUGGGAAUGGGCAUGGGGCUCCCAAGCGGGGGUCCUUUCAGAGGCACCUCGCAGCCGCCACCUGUUCCUGGGCACAUGUCCAGCAUGCCGCCACUGCCUCCAGGCUAUUUGGUUGGAACUCAGAAGACCCACCACCAGCAUGGUGUUGGACCUGGGGCGACAGGCAUGGGAGCUAUGGGUGCCGGAGGGCCCAUGGGAGCGCCAGGAAUGCCUGGAAUGCCAAAUCAACCUGGCCAAUUCCCACCGGGACAUCCAGCACAACAAGGGCAGGCUCCAGCUGCAGUCGAUCCGCUCCUGCAGAGCACAGUCAGAAACUUCCAGGCAAAUGCUCCGCCGAAGCAUCUUACCUUCCUUGAAUAUCAGGAAAUGAAGCUGGAGCACGAAGUGCAGGAGAAGCUGCGCCGGGAAGCGGAAUCUGACAGUGACUAG